AUGUCUUCUCCCAAUGCGUCCUUUGUGGACGCCAUUCGAGUCACACCCCAUGGUGGGAACAAGUACAGCGCGAAUCUUCACCGCGAUUGGUGUAUCGGGACUGUACCCCAUGGAGGCUACACAGCAGCAGUCCUCUACAACCUCGCCGUCACACACUUUGCCCACGCCCACCCCAAACAAUUCGACACCCCCGCAACCCCCAUCUCCCUUCAACUCUCCUUCCUCCGUCGCACGGCCGCCGGCCCCGCGACCCUCCACGUCGAAGAUGUAAAGCUCGGUCUCCGCACAAGCACGAUCCACGUCAAGCUCCUGCAGCCCUCGGAAAAGAACCCCGCCACGCUCCAAGUCAACGUCGCCGGCUACAUCACCGUCAGCCCGGCCACGGCCGAGGUCGGCAUCAGCGCCCCCACCGGCUGGAAACCCUACCCCGUCCCGCCCGCCGGCUCCCGUGCCAACGGCCAAGUCGACCUGUUUGCGCUGGCGUGCACCGGCCAGGACGGCUCAUGGACGAAACUUGACCCUCCGUAUGCGGAGUUUCGACGUGCAGCGGCCCAGCUGGAACUGUACGGGCCGGGCAAGGGUCAGACGCAGCAGCAGCGGACGGGGACGAUGGCGAUUGAUCAGUGGGCGCGGUUCCGGCCGGGCGGGGAUCAGAAUGGCCGGUGGACGGACGCUGCGGUUGUGUAUCUGUUGGAUAUGUUUCCGAUGGCGUUGGAUGGGUUUGAUACGAUGUCUGCGACGGCGGUGGCCAGGGAGAAGGGGGAGCCCGGGCCGACGGGGUCCAUGGCCAACUUUUGGUAUCCGACUGUGACGCUGAAUGUCGAUAUGAAGAAGCGGUUGCCCAGGGACGGGGUGGAGUGGUUGUAUAGUCGCAUUGUGACCAAGGUGGUGCGUGAUGGUCGGACGGAUCUGGAUGUCACUGUGUUGGAUGAGAAUGGGGAAGUGGUCGCACUGAGUACGCAGGUUGGCUUGGUGGUGAGUGCGAGUCGGAAUGUGGGCUCGAGGAAGUGGCAGAAGUUGUGA